GGCGUGGACGCUGUGCGAGAUGAACUGGUGUUUGAAUGAAGUGGUUUUGGUACGCGUGCGCAGACGUGCCGUCGGAGUGGCCUCUCAGGACCCGGAUGACUCGCUAUGAAGUGCGCAUGUCCAUCGCUUAGCCUCCGCGUCACGUCCUUUUGAUGUAGCGCUCAUGUUUUACGGACUAAACACGGAGGACUUUGCUGUAAAAUGCCACACCUGUUCGGGAGGCUGUAGUUCAGACGCCGAGGACAAAGUAGGUGGCCCUGCUGAUGCCUGUUCAAUAUGCUACGAGCUUCAGUCAACACUUGACAACACGCUCUUGUUGUCGGUCUGGUUUCAUGUCAUACGUCGUUAUCUGACGUCCAGUCGAUGUGAGACCAGUCUCCUCUUCAUACAGUGUGUCAUGAAACAUGCAGCCCGUGGUUUACAGCCAGCUCGCCCACUGCUGUGGGAAACUGUGAUGUUUUAUAAGUAUAAGUAUAACGAGACAUCCUGUGUGUAUAUAUAUAUAUAUAUAUUCAAAAACCCUGGGUGUUGAACCGAAGAAAAUGUCCGGUGUCGAAAAGUUAUAAUAAAGCGUAUUUAAUAAAAAGUAUUACCAAGAGUCGAUAAUAACUAAUAACUGUUCCGAUACAGAGUAUAGACUCUCGGCCGAGGACUUCUAAGGCUUCUUAAUCCACAGACCACUCCUGGCUCUUCCACCUGCAGUUAACUGUCUCUCUCCACCUGAAGCAUCUCAGCUUCUUCUUCUUCUUCUUCAAAUUUGAAUGGCGGAUCGCAACCAACUUGCCGAAGUGCAACUCGCCACCUACUGUACCGGAGUGUGCAGAUUCAUGUAUAACUGUACUAAUUAACUACUCAAAAACAAAAUAAACCAAUAAAACAAAACAAAAUACUAAUUAACUGACCAACUACUGACCAUGCCAACAGACCUACUCGCCACUAAAUCCUGCGGCCUAGCCCCGUAUCUUUGGAAAAUCGCAGCAAAGCCCUGUAGCACUCAUGCCCAUCCUGGUCCGCUGCCAGCACUCACUCCACCUCCGUCCCCGCUGACACAUUUUUUCCUUCAACCAUUUUCUUUCAGAGCUGUAUUUCACACACUUCAUGAUAACAUGCUCCACAUCCUCAGUCUCGUUACAAAAGUUACAUUUAGCUGUUCCCACUUUUGCCAUUAAGAACAGAGUUGCAUUCAGCCCUGUGUGCCCGAAUCUUAACCUUGAUAUGAUGACCUCCUCUCUCCGACACUUCCCUUUGAAUAACUUUACAUUCAUGGAUUUUUGUAUAUUGUGAUAGUGCCUUCCUUUGUCGUUGUUGUCCCACUUCCUCUGCCAUAAUUCCCUCACUGCCUCUCUAUAACUGCUUUUGCUUCCCCUUUCCCAAACGGAAUACUCAGUAUUUCCUCCUUCCUGAGUUUAAGCGCAUUCUUAGCGAUCCUGUCCGCUCUCUCAUUUCCCUCAACACCCAUGUGGAAUGGAGGGCAGAGGAAGCAGUUCAAGAGGCAGAUGCAAGGCUGCAUCACAGAAGCCUGGUGGGAGUGGUCACACGAGGUCGAGCAGGGCUAGGAUCCUUUCCAACUCCCCAAAUGAACACCAGGGGGAAGGAAGGGCGUCGACUUGUUCAGGAGGAGGUGGGAGCAGCAGUGGAGGAGACGAGAACCUGCAAGGCAGUGGGAAUGAAGCAACAGGGAGCUUGGACGAGGUGGGAGAAUGCGGUUGAAAGGAAAGUGACCUGGGCUGAGCUUUGGAAAGCCGAGCCUCACCGCAUCAAAUUCCUCAUCCAGGCAGUGUAUGACGUGCUUCCAAGCCCGUCAAAUCUGCACAUAUGGGGCAUAGCAGAGACACCAGCAUGCCCACUGUGUUCCAAGCGAGGAACCCUGGAACACAUCCUCAGCUGCUGUACAAGGGCACUAGGAGAUGGUCGGUACAGGUGGAGGCAUGACCAAGUCCUCAAGACCAUUGCUGAAGCUAUCAGCGCAGGACUGGCGUGGGCAAAGCAGUUCCGACCCUCCAAGAAAACCAUCGCCUUUGUCAGAGCUGGGGACGAGCCAACUGCUGCCAGAAGAACAUCAUCUGCAGGCAUCCUGACGUCUGCAAGAGACGGGCAGUUGUUGGUGGACCUUGAACAUCAGCUGAAGUUCCCCAGCCAUAUUGCAGUCACCACCCUGCAACCAGACAUCGUCCUUGUGUCUGAGUCCACCAAGCAAGCAGUGCUGCUGGAGCCGACAGUCCCGUGGGAAGAUCGUUUGGAAGAAGCCUUUGAGAGGAAGCUCUCCAAGGACGCAGGACUGGUCAGUGACUGCCAGCAGGCUGGCUGGAGAGCAAGCUGUCUCCCUGUGGAGGUUGGAUGCAGAGGAUUUGCAGCCCGUUCCUUGGCCAGAGCCUUCAGUAGUUUAGGCAUCGAGGGUGAGAGAAAGAGGAGAGCCAUCCGCAGUACCAGUAUGCGGCAGAGAGAGCCUCAAGAUGGCUGUGACUCAAAAGAGGGGAGCCAUGGAGUCAUGGUAGCUAGCUAGCCAUCUGGACACUAGCUGGGGUCUGAUCAGCCCCGGCUGGGUCACCUGGAGGAGGCGUAUGAUGUUGAAAGACCCGAAACGUCCAAUGAUUCCAGGAACAUCACUGAAGAUGUGUCCAGAUUAGGCAUCAGUAGAUGUAUGUACACAGAGCAGGAACCCAGCAAAAAUACACACUCGUCCCCAGCCUUUGGAUUCAUUGAUAUCUCCAUCACUAAAUCCUCCCGUACAGAGCGUUUGGUCCUAAUGCUGUUCAACGCUGCAGCAGAGUCUGAACAGAUGACUACUCUCCAGGGUUUUUCCUGGGUCAAAAUGGGUCUUAGGUGCUCCCAAAAAAAUGUUUGGCGCGCUGUGCGCGCCAUAUCUAUUCGUGCACGUCAGGCUGUUGAGUGAUCAGCAGCUGGCCGCUCUGUCCAUUCGCGCACCUCACAGUUGCGUAUUGAUCAGACAAGAAGACACGCUUAUCAACUCCAAUGUCCCCCCCCCCCCCCCAACAACUCUUCUCGGCUCGCGGAGCCAGAGCUCCGAUGCCGGCGCGCGCCUCGCUCAGCCGUGAUGCGCGCACACAGGCUCUGGUGGAGGUGGGGACAGGAGGAGUUGAUGAGCUACACCUGGGCCGGGUGGAGCGCGGACCAUAAAACCCUCGUCGCCAUUGAGAAGGCUCUCGCUCACACACGCACCCAUACACGCCUACACCACUGACUACUGACAAGGAACUUUAUAUUUAUUCCGUUUAUUGAGUGUUUUUGUAAAUAAACCUCGAUACGGUUGCCUUUA